GAAGAGUUCCUCCGAUGUCUCCUGGUUGGUCGAAUUUCCACAAAAUUGUGAAAAGAGGAGGGGUGCCGUUGAACAAUUUUACCGAGAGUACCAAAUGGUAGGAGAAUGGAAAACGAUAGAAAUAAAAUUUCAGACCGGGCAGUAACAAUAAUCCGCAGAACUGGAGGUCUGCACUUUGCUUGUUGAACGAUCCACCAAUGGCUGGAUGGGUCGAGGAUAGGUUUCACUCUGGAACGUUCAGGAUUGGCUAGAUUCUCCGCCCAGGGGUUGCAUCGAUCAUCCCCUUACCGUUUCACCAACCUCCGAUAUAUAAAGCAGCCUCCCCAGGGACACUGAGGAUAGUCUGAUUCCUUUGCUGCUCUCGUGUAUCCUUGGUUCCCUUCAUCCAAUCGUUGUGAAGUGAUCCUUGGGAAACUGGAAGUUAAUCUUAUCAUAAUUAAUUAAAAGGAAAAAUUAUAAUUGAGAGUUAUUAAUGAGCUGGUAAGAAGAAAGAAUAUCUAUGGCGAAUCAUUCGAGUUACGAGUACGAAGAUAGAGGACAGAGGAUGCGACAUCGUGUUGGUACUACUUCCAGAGCGGCUGAUUCCACUGUAGCCUGCACUAGUAAUCAAUAUUAUGUGGGCCCAAGCAGUGAUAUUAGCGAGGAAGAUCUGGCAGAGCUGCCUUCUUGCGUUUAUGCGGGUAGAUCUACUCAACACGUUGCACACACCUCCUCACAUACUCAUUCUCCUCUUCAUUAUCAUAUGCCAGUUUCUACACCUGAUCAUAACGAUACAGAGAUAAAUGGUGUAGAAGAAGGAUACUAUCCAAAUGGUAGUCCCUACAGAAUUCAACGACAUGCCGCCAACAUACGUGAGAGAAAACGUAUGCUGAGCAGCAUCAACUCGGCUUUCGACGAGCUUCGAGUACAUGUACCAACGUUUCCAUACGAAAAGAGGCUGUCCAAAAUUGAUACUUUGCGUCUGGCUAUAGCAUAUAUUGCACUACUUCGAGAAGUGUUAGCUGCUAGACUUGAUCCAUUAACUUACGUUGAAAGGUGCCUUAGAGGAGAAAUAAAUGGGGAACGUGCCGAAUGGAAUACUAGCGAUUUGACAGCACGUUUAUCAUGGAUAAAUUGGGAAAAUCUAGGCGUAAAUCCGAAUCGACGAUCAGUCUUAACUACACUCGCUCUAACAACAGACAAUAUGAAUUUUUUUUUUUUAAGAAACGGAAUGGAAGAUUCAAAGAAAAUGGGAUCAAAACAAAAAAAUUUUAACAAUGACAAGGAUGACGAUGACGUGAGCGUGAUAGCUGUGAUAGGAAAAGAAAACGAUCGAACUUCACGACAGCAGCAAGAUGAAGAACUGGAUGAGAAACAAGAGGAUGAACGAGUGUUCGAGUUGAGUGACGAACGAUCCAAAAUGGCACUUCGGAAGCAACUUGAUCUGGGAUCAUUAUCGACCGAGCUAGGUAAUGUAGCACAGAAUUACUAUGAGGGCAUAGAAAUUUUGCAAAAGCUGCCUCCAGGAACAAUAGUUAUUAAACAAGAAAAGAGAUAUAAGGAUGAUAGUGAUUACGUGCGGGAUUCAACGGAAAUCAGUAGUGGCGGAUCGACUUCAAGUAAUGGAGUAACGAAAGUUAAGAGGAUUUAUCGAUCUACGAGAAAAAAUCGUGGAACCACGGAAGUUAGAAGAAAUCCUAUACGUGUUACAAAAAAAGAACCAGAUAAAAAUUUUUCUCGGCCAAGACAACGAUUGCUUUCUGCAAAACGGAAGGAAAUGCUCUUCAAUUCUGAACCUACUAAACGUGGAAAAUCUUCUACGAUGCCCUAUAUGAACACAAGAUCUGUUACUCGUAAAAUGUAUAAUGUGGGAGCAACUUAUCAAGCACCUACUUUAAAAGAUGAAACAGAAUGGAAAGAAUGGCCAGUUCAUGGUAUGCAUGAACGACCAGUAUUUCAUCCACAGAUUGGUCUAGCUGCAGAAUAUUUAGGACGUUACUUUACGAGUUUAGAUGGUCUCUCUUAUCGAGAAAUAAUCGAUCGACCGGAAAUAGAAGUGGUAUCCGUAGAUCCUCAUUGCGAUUAUCUUUCUUCAUCUACGGAAAAAAAAAGAGACAAAAAAACGAAAUCUAAUAAAAGUUGUCCGAAUUCUAAGAAUACAAAAAAACCUUCUAUGGAAUCAUCCGAAAAGAAUAAAUCUUUUGAAAGUUGCAUGCAUGAAAGUUUUCACUGCGUUCUAGGUUAUUGUUCGCAAGUAAUGACACCAACUUAUAAAAUGAAUGUAGAAGGAAAGAUAAAUAUGUUAAACGAUAGUAAAAAUUUAUCUAAUAUUUCUAAAGAAAUCGAUAAAGAGCCGUCUAAAUCGAAUAUCGUUGAUCGGAAUUCUAAACAUGAAUCCUCUGUUAGUUUUAAGGAAAAUUUACAGAAAUCAGUUGAAGAAAAUAAGUUCCUUGAUAAUUGCGGAAUUACUAUGUUCCCACAAAAUGUUAAGAGCUUCGCUCAGAUUCCAAAAACGCGUUUGUUUCCAACUCAGAAGGUUUACAUAGCUAAUUCGUCGAAAUCAAUUGCUUUUACCAAUCUAAAAACACUUCAAGGAGGACAUAUGAAGAUCCAGGAAGUAAUACGAUCUUCUAAAAGUCCUUUUAUUCUAGUAAAUCCUCCUGAUUCGAAAGAAACACCACUUUUGAAACCAUUUACAAGCAAUAUAAAUGUGAAUAAAGCAGAUGAAUUUCCUGCCAGUGAAGAAACUUUAGGUGAAGUAACAUCUAUAUAUAAGAAUGUAUCUAAUGAAGAGUUGAAUGCAAAACAAACGCCUGUAAAACGAGGGAAUAAAGUAGAAUUUACAGUAACAAAAUAUCUUUUGAAUAAUAUGCAACAGAAUAAAGUUCAAGUGGGAAAAGAAUCAUCUUCGAUCGAAAAAAAAUUAUGUUACGAGACAACAUGCAGAGAGGUGAACGUUAAGACGAUGUCUGGUGGUAUAAGUAAAACUUGGUGUGCCGGUGAGACCUCAGAAAUAGCGAAAAUUCUUUCAGAAUAUAAUAAAAGUAAUCUAAAAAAGCCAGCCAUAGAAAAUCAAACUUUCUGUAAUAAUAUGAAAAAUAUUAAGAUUAAAGAACUCAGUAAUAAAGAAGGAAACAUGAAACAAGAUGUCCAAGAAAGUAUUAUGGAUAAAAAUGUAAAUAUAAGCUUUCCUCAGGGAAAAUGGCGGCGAUUUCACUUAACUGUGGAGAAAUUAAAAGAUCUAAAAAGUAAUUCUAAUGAGAAAAAACACUCUUUGGGAGUUCUGAACGGACAAUCAUUAUUUAAAAUGGACCAAACAACCGGAGAAAUUUCGUCUGAUAAAAAAAUUGAAAUUCCAAAACAAUUAGAUAUGGUUCAGAUAAAUCAACCAUCUAUAAUGAAUUCCGAAAAGAAAGAAAAUACUUCGACAGUUAACACUAGCGUAGAUACAACAACAAUGAAAACUCAAUCUUUACAAGAAUUAUUAGAAGAUACGGCCAUGUUAUAUUGCGCCGCCACUGGAACUCAUCAAGAUGAUUUGGCUAAUUAUAUUGAUAACUUAGAUGCUGCACAGAGUAUACAAUGGUUGGAAACUUGUAAUGAUUUAAUUGCAUGAAUUAUUAUGUUAUAUAGAACAAUUAGUUGCAAGAUUAAUUUUUUUUAAUUUUAUGAUAAUGAAUCUUGCAAUUAUUUUUCGAAAGAUUAAUUAAUUUUAUUUUUUUUUGUAAUUGUUAAAAAAAAUAUUUUAAUUAGGAUAUGAUGAGAAUGAAUUUGAGAAGAAAUAUUUUCAUUCUUUUAUUAAUCAAGCAAAACUUAAGAUAGUAGAAAUAUUUCUCAAUCAUUCUCAUUUACACAGUUUAGAUAUUACAUUAUAUAUAAAGUAAGUUUAAUUAAUGGUUAAUUAUAUAAAAUGGAAUUACAUUAAAAUAAUCUUAAUUUCUAACUCAUACUUAAACUACAAUUUUAAGUUAAACUACUCUAGUGCUGAGUUUUCAAAUAGUAUAAUUUUUUAUUGUUCUUAAUUCUUUGCACUUCAAUUUUGACUUUAAAAUAUAUUUAGUAUUUUAUAUUGGCAUCUAUCUUAAUAAAUUAAAUUCUAUUAAUAAUUAAUUAUAUUUAUAAAAAGAAUUCAAUUUUUUAAUUUUUGUUGUAUAAAAUAAUUAAAGUGCAAAGAAAUUAAUUAGUAUAGAUGGUUUUCUUUAGUCUUGUUAUUAAUAUAACGCCAUUGUUGAUCCCAGCGUGUAUAAAAAGCAUGCAAAUAACGAGGAUCGCAAAAUAGACAAACAAGAGAGUGACUAUACCGAGGUAUCGUUGUCAGUCUCUGUUUUGUCUUCGUUUUCUAUAAAUGUACCUACAAAAAACAAAAAGUUUCUAUAAUCAUCUUA